GCAAUUACUAGUUCAGGCAACGCGCAAAGCACUCAAUUGAUGAUAGCGCAACCAUUGAAUUCAUGAUUUUCUUCAAGGUAGGCCCGACCUUGAAUCGUAAGUGUGGGACCGUUAUCUCGGUGGUUCACGUCGGCAGUAUUCGCGUGUCAGGGUUCGCGUACCUCAGCCCCGAACUAUUUCUUGUGGGAUCCCAGCAUCCCCGACGAUUUGGUUCUGUAUCCUCGCUCGUUCGCUUCCUGUCCUCGUCGAUUCUUUUUGAGUGCUGAAGAGCUGGUGAUAGAAAGAAAAUGUGGUCGACAGCUCCCCUCAAGGCAGCCACAUGGCUUGCAUUCGCAACUUCGCUCAGCUCAGCUACACCGCAGUAUGGUGCUCCUCCAAAGAUCCAAUUCAAGCACUGGCCCGAAGAAGCUGCGACAGCUCUCUCCAACAUGAUCACAAAGAACGCGAAUCAGAGCAACUAUGCAGUCUUCGACAUGGACAAUACCAGUUAUCGCUAUGAUCUUGAAGAAUCGCUCCUUCCCUUCCUUGAGAACCGUGGCAUCCUGACACGCGACAACCUGGACCCCAGCCUCAAGUUGGUUGACUUCAAGGAUACGGCCAACUUCACCGAAUCGUUGUACAGCUACUACAACCGUCUAUGUGAGAUCGAUGAUUUCAUCUGCUAUCCCUGGGCGGCGCAGGUCUGGUCUGGCUUCACGCUGCGCGAACUUAAGACUUACGUGGAUGAGCUUAUGGCGUACAACUCAACAAUCCCGACAAAGUACUGGGACGGCGAUGAGGUGACAUCCAGCAGCGUUAACCCGCCAAAGGUUUUCCGAGGCCAAGCCGAACUUUACAACGCUCUUAUGGACAACGGCAUCGCCGUCUAUGUUAUAAGCGCUGCCCAUGAGGAGCUUGUACGCAUGGUCGCCAGCGACCCGAAGUACGGAUACAACGUCCCACCUCAGAACGUCAUCGGCGUCACCACCGUUUUGAAGAACACUACUUCCGGUGCGCUCACGAACGCACGUAAGCAGAUUACUGAAGGCACGUACAAUGAGACGGCCAAUCUCGAUCUGGUCGUGACUCCGUACCUCUGGACCCCUGCCACAUGGUUCGCCGGUAAAUGGGCCGCUAUUCUUACCUACAUCGAUCAAUGGAAACGUCCUGUCUUGGCUGGUGGUGACACUCCCGGUAGCGAUUCGUACAUGCAGUUCCACGGCGUAGAUGUAGCGAAGGGAGGUGUGCACCUGUGGAUCAACCGUCGGGACGCGUACUUCGAGCAAUUGCAGGAGGAAAUUAGGAACAACACCCAGGCGCAGAUUGCUAACGGUAGAGAAGUUACGGCAGACAAGAACUGGGUUGUUGUCACUCCUGAGGAGAUCUUGUAAAUAGAUACGCUAGAUUUUUGGAAAUGUCAACAUUCGGCGCGCAAUGGCACGAGAACAAUAGCUUAGCACAGGCGGGGCCCCAAGGAGACCAAUUACGCUAGCUGACAUAAGCACUCGGCUAAGCCCUGUUGCAUCUUUCGCUCGCGUCCAGCCUUCUGCU